AUGCUUACGUCCCUCUUGCAGAAGUCGUUCUCAGAUGCACUAGCUAAUGCUACGCAACGUCCAGCCCCCCUUCAACUUCCAGGAUUGCUCGAGGACUUGCAAGACUGUGAUUCUUUCCCCACUAGCAACAGUCUCCAUCCCCGUCCCUUUGUACAUCGCCGCCGCAGUGCUUUUGCACCCUUCCGGGAGUCGCGUCCACGUACGCUCCAAGUCCGCCUUUCCCCACUUUUCUAUCCCACACUGCCCGAUGUUGAUGACCCAAUCGAACUCCAACAACGCUCAGGGCUCAGUACUUCCUCUAGUCGCACUCGUGUUGUCGAAGUUGCUGCGCAACAAGAUAACCAAGUGUUGCACGUCGCACGGCCGCCGGAACGAGCUAGUGAUAAGGAGAAACGUAUCAAAAACCUUACAUGGUGGAAUCGUUUGAUCCUGGUUCUCUCUUCACCUCGCAUCCUAAGUUAUGCGAGAAAUGGCGCCACGUGCUGGACAUUUCUCGAGCGCUGGACCCAGUUAUGUGUGGAUGCUUCUCAAAAGAAAAAUAGACUACCUACUCACCCGUUUGCUCGAACGUGGUACCAUCCGAGUACCCUGUAUGACACUAAACCUCCUGCAGAUUUCCUUAGUUUUCAAUACGAGUGUCCGUCGAACACUGGAGAAAUAUCCCAACUUCCGCAAAGCGUUCGCGAUUCCAUGCACAGGAACUCCCCAUUUGACUGUCCUCACUCUUUCCGCGCUCUCGACUUCACAACGAUGAGCAAUCUUCGCAUUGUCAAAGUUGUUGCACAUCGAGACAAGCAGUGUUUUGCAUCAUCCUGGGGAUCACCUCCACGUGCGCUCCUCGCUCGCCUUCCCCACUUAUUCCACCAUUCCCCACCCGACACUAAUGAACAAGUCCAAACUCAGCAACGCCCAGGACUCGGUACUUCUUCCCAUCGUAGUCCUCCUGUUGUCGAUGUUCCUGCACUAGAUGAUAAAAAGGCACUGUAUGUUACUUGGCGACCGGAACCAGCUAGCCACAGGGCAAAACGCGUCGAGAACCACAAAUGGUGGAUGCUUCUCGGAAGAACGCGAGACGGUCUACUCGCCCGUUGCGCUGGUCGCAUGUACAAGCGCACUGCAAGGCACCAGCCCUCCCUCAAAUUGAACUUUUUCAACACGGGGAUUCGCUCGUUUCAUUUUCAUCAAGUUGGAUUUUUAGAUGUAAGUUUCCAAGGCAAAAUGGCUGGCACAUUCGAGCUGGUUGUAGUUGAUAGCUGGACGCUAGUACGUUUGCAAUACAAAUGA